AUGGCGUUUGCUUUGGAGCACAGUGUCGAGUUUGACUUUCAUAUUGAGAAUGCGCUUAGUAUACUAAAUUCGUAUAGAAAUUCUUCAUGUAAGUUUGUGUUGAAGACGGAGCAAAGAGACAGCCGUAAAGAAACUAUUAAAAGGAAAUGGUGUUUUGGCUGUUUUGCGACAGGAUUCGGUGAAAGUAUAAUUUUUAUCGUGUAUUUGUUGGCACGUAGUAGUUUCGUCGAACAGACAGACUAGAGGCUCUUCCGGCUCAAAGCAGUGUGCUUGUGGUUUCUCCUCUGAAAAGCAUUAUAUGCGAUCAAGUGUUAGAGGUAUCUUCGUUCAAUUGUUCUGCGAUGGAGCUUUCAAAGGAAACUAUCCAUCAAAUCACAACAUCUCCGCCGCAAUUUAUAUACUGUAGCGCGGAAAAUUGUAUAGACAAAGAUUUUCUUGAUAUGCUCAAGGAUGAUGGCUCACAAUUACACAAGUCUGUGGAAGCAAUAGUUGUGAAUGAGUCUCAUACAAUUGAGACAUGGACUGGAAAAAGGUAAGACCGGGUUUCUGAAACCGCUUCUUCUAAAAGUUUAGUUAUGUAGUCUGACAUUGACGCCAAUCUGGUACUGUAUUUCUAAGUAUUCAUAUCGCAUAUCGGUACAUUGGGACGUUUUUCGUCUUUUUUGUGUAGAGAUAUAAAAGGCAAAUAAUCGAAUUCGAAGGACAAGAAAGCUUUCAGAGAAGCUUAUGGAAAGCUUGCAAUUCUUAGGUCAAUGUGCAAAAAAGGCAAGCAAUUUAUAUAUCUUGUUUCUUCAAUUUAUUUAAUAUACUCCUGGUCUUAAAUGUUAAUGUUUAUUGACAAGUAAAAUAAAGUUUUGUUAUUUGUAUAAGCAUUUGUCAUAUUAAAUUACAUUCAAUGGACAAAAGCAAGUGGUCUAUUCAUUUAAAUUAAUCAGAAGUCCUUUGUAGCUAUUGUACUGUAGUUAGAAUUUCAUUAUCACAUAAUUUCUGGUAGUUUGGUAUACUCAUACGUCCUUUUUUUGUUGUGUUUAUAAGCCAUUCACGACUGGAUAGAUUGUCUUUCUUCCUUUAUUUCUUCAUUCAUGUUGUUUUUAUUCCAGGUACCCCAUUAUUAGCUUUAACUGGAACAGCAGAUCAAGAAACCCAGAAUGUCAUUUGUCAUAACCUAGCCCUGAAAGACCCCACAAAGUUUUUCGUCAGCCCGAAUCGUCUCAAUUUGCGGUUCAGUGUUAUCAAGGUUCCAAAAAAACAAAUGCUAUCUCAGCUGGAUUGGAUUGUGGAGAAGAUAAAGAAUGAAGGCAUUGCUACUCCCAAAACUAUAAUAUUUUGCGAUACCAUGUAUUCAGUUGCACAUGUUGCCAACUACCUGAUGAUGAAGCUGGGAAGACAGGCAUUUUAUCCAACAACUUCUGAAGAAAGAGAAAAUUGUCUUGUGGGCAUAUUCCAUUCUGUUACCCAAGAGAAGUACAAGGAAAGAAUUGUAAAAUCGCUCAAAAGUGAUGGUUCGAAAAGAAUUGUUAUUGCCACGUCAGCAUUGCAUGAGUAUGGGAGUUAA